AUGCUGCCCACUGGGAGUGCCCGUCUGGCUUUGGCUUCGGCUCCUUACGCCUUCCUUGCGCCUGGACUGAAGCUGUCCAUGUACAACACCUCUUGCUCCGUUGUCGCCACGGUGAAGCUGAGUAAAGAAGCUAAACAGAGGCUGCAGCAGCUCUUCAAGGGCGACUUCAUUCCUCUCGUGAUUUACCUGGCAUUUACGAGGGGUGCAGAUCCUGGAAUGCCUGAACCAUCAGUUUUAAGCCUACUUUGGGGAUAA